AUGUCUCACCCUGAAACACCACAGCGUCAGCCCCGCGUGCCGUUCGUGCCGGAGAAGCCGAUGGCCGGCACGCUGGAUGUUCAUGUCUUGGACUGCUACCAAAUCAAGUCCACAGGCAGCUUCUUCAGCGGCCACCGGCUCUUCAUCAGCGUCAAGGUGGAGGGCAUCGAAAGCAGGAGCCCAGCGGUGGCAGAGGCGUCCGGCUCCGUCGCAUGGGACUUUGCCACGCAACUGCCCUGCCAGGCAAACCUGGAGCUGGUGCUGAAGCGGGAAGGACUUUUCUCUUCUCACUUCGUUGGUGGCUGCACCUUGCCACUCCAGCAAGUCUCCCAGAUCGAGCAGGAGGUGCCUCUCUGGGAUGCCUCUCGCCAAGAGGUGGGCCGUCUGCGGAUCCGUCUCACGCGCGCGCGGGGUUUGAUGAACCGCGCGGGGUCGCAGAUCGCCGGGGUGGAGGGAGCGGCCUCGCACGGGCUGAUGGGUGCAGGUCCUUCGCUCCCGCCCGGCGGCCUGGUGAACCGGGCAAACACCGCUGGCCUGGCGGCGGAGCCGGGCACGGGCGGGCGCUCGGGGCCUCUGGGCUCGCUGGCGAACUAUGGCCGGGCGGCCACCAGCGACAUGGAAAGCCGGCCUGCUUUCGCGAGAGGCUCCAGCCAGACGCUCGCCAACCUGGCAGCUGCCCGUGAGGACGGCAGCCGCCCCGACGCGGUGCGCCGCUCGGGGGAGCUGCUGGCCGAGGUGGACCCUUUCGAUGCCAGUCGGGAGGAGCAUCGACAGAAGCUGGCGCAGGCAGUCGAGCGGCUGAGAUGUGCCUCCGACACAGACUUGUCGGGGCCUUUGGGGCAGCAGGCUUUGCAGGGCUGUGAGGCACGGAUACAGGCCCUCUUCGACGACGCCAUGCAGCGGCGGAACGAGAAGGACACCCAUGGCGCACUUUGGCUGGCGGGGCGGCUGCCCUCCCCAGAGGAGGCGGAGGUGACCUUACAGCUGCGACUGCGCCAGAAGUGGGACCUCCACUCCUUGAAAGAGGCCCUGAACCGGGCGGCCGCGCGACGAGCGGCAGCGGAGCAGGGCGGCACAGAGUUGGAGGAUUUCAUGGAUGCUCUGGAUCUGGCCGAGUUCCACGGCCGCGCCGAGCCUGAGCGCGCGGCCGCGGCGGUGGAGCAGUUGUUGAAGCCGCUGGAGAAACCUUUGGCGGGCACAGUGCAACAGCUGCUUGAGAGGAAUGAACUCGACAAGGCGGAGGCGAUCUUCGGCGCGCUGGGCGCCCGGCGCACGGAGGCGCUCCAGUUGCAGCCCUUGCAGCAGCGGGUGCUGCGGGAGAAGGGGUUGCAGCUGCUAAAGGCCGCGCUUUGGCCCGCGGCCGGGCAGCAUGGCUUCCCCGAGCUCAAGCGCCGCAAGCUGCGCCAUGCCAUGCUGACAGCGCGAAGUGCCAUGGAUGAUCCUGCGAACCGGAAAGCCCUGGGCUCCAUGAUGCUGGAGGUCGCUGGGCCGUGCUUCGCACACUCUACAGAGAGCGCGGCGUGGUUCUUGCGGGCCUAUGGGGAGCUCUUGCCCGAGGAGCAGGUCAAUCCUGCCAUUCAGAGGUUGGUGCGAGAACGCCCUGAUCAGAUUGCGGCCAUCUUGACCGAGACCCAAAAAUUGCUGGAAGAAAUCGGCCGUGAGGUGCCCGAUGGCUUGCUGCCCAGCGAGUGGCAGCAGCUCCACCGAACCGUGCGGGAGGCACUGGCGAAAGGCAACGACGACCAGUUGAAGGUGGCUUGUCAGAAGCUCAUCGACAGCCCGGCAGGUGUCUUCUACAAACGGGAUCUGCAAGAGGUGGUGGGACGUCUCCGGAGUGCCUUCCGGCUGCCCCCGUCCUGGUCGGUGGAGUCGAUGCUGCGAGGUUCUGCUGACAAGCUCUUGGCCAAGAACGAGGUCACUGACGGCACUUUGCUUCGACUCUUCGAUGAGCUCUUGCGAAGCACCGCCCUGCCACACGUGCGCACGCGCGACCGACGAGGCCUACCGCCCAGGAACUUUCGUGCAGUGAAGGCGGUGCAGAUCAUGAAUGCCCCAUGUUGGGCCAGCUACUUGCAGAGGCGCGACCAUGUUCUGCAGCAAUGCCUGAAGGUGAAGGCCCGGAGCGACGCGACCUACUGGCGCGAGGGGCUCAAUGGGGCGCUGAUGACCGACGCGCUCACCGAGCGGAUGGAGGUGAGUGCCUUUACUCCACUGAAGCGUGAGGCCAACGAGUGUUGGCUUUUCCAUGGAACCAGCCACCAUGCAGCGGAGGGCAUCACCACCGACGACUUUGACAUGACCCGAGCGAACCCGGCGGGCCUCUUCGGCGCGGGUGUCUACUUCGCGGAGUCUGUGAGCAAGGCGGAUGAGUAUGUGAAGGGGAAGCACGUGGAUGGUGUAGAGCUCUUCCCAUUGUUGCUCUGUCGGGUGUGCUUAGGCUACAUUUACUACUGCGACCAGCGGAGGCCGUCGGCGCGGGAACUGGAGGAGCACUGCUUGCUGGAAGAUUGGCAUAGUGUCCUUGGAGAUCGAAAGAAGACCUCUAACACCUUCCGGGAGUUCAUCAUUUACGACAACCUUCAAGCCUUCCCCGCUUACAUCAUUUACUACUCCAGAGAGGAAAUAUGGGACACCAUCCCGAUCCUCCGAGCCGAGAGCGCGAGCCGCACGCCACGUGGCCGCCGCGUGACCGUCGCGUGGGGGCGGAGGGCCGACGGCUGCAUGAGGCUCCUGCUGCCGGCACUCGCCUUGGGCGCAGACGUGCGAAAGAAAAGCGACGACUUUUGGACCUGUGCCGACGACCUGCGCUGGCAUCGCUUGCGGGAGACGGUGCGAUAUGUUGUUUGGAAGCCCGGCGAUCCACUGCGCACCUCCGUCGAGGGCUUUGCCACCCUGGUGCCCUUGUGGCUCAGCAUCAGCACAGGACACGAGAAUCUCUCCCAACUGACCGAGGAGUCUCCGUGUCCUGCGGGCGAGGUCUUCUUCAUGUUGCUUCAUUUCCUGAUGUCUCAGCUCAAGCAGCUCCGCAAGGACGGCAGCAUCGACAUGGAGGGCCUCGUCAGUGCUCUGGCCAUGCUCCGCGUGAGGAUCCCCUCGAUGUCGGGAGCCCUGCGUUCCACGUGGCCGAUCUUCGGAGUGCUUGCGCUGAUCCAGCAGAAACUCCUCAAGCUGGGUGUGGGCGGCGUGCGGGGCACUGGCAUGGCGCUCCGCCACGGUGCCGCGCCCUUCAGCGAAGCGCUCCUGCAAUUUGCAGGCAUUUGCGAAGAUGGCCAGGAGCUGUUCCAGCACAUUUCAACUUGGCUAGAGGUGGGCAUGCUGCCAUCGAAAGCGCGUCUCGCCGCCUGGGCGACCGUCGCCGGCGCGGGUCGGGCCUGCGACGGGCAACACCAAGCGCUGGCACGGCUGGUGGCCAGGGGUGCGCUGCCGGCGAAGCCAUGGCAGAUCUCUUUGGAUGAAGGGAAUGCGAGCGAGUGGAGGAAGGAUUUCACACGUUUGCUGACCUUUUUGGAUCACAGCUUGCUGAGCACGAGUUGGAAUCGCUUGGUCUUCAGCGGUUGGCCCCUCCUGGCCGUGCUGCAUCGGCUGCAGGAGAUCCACUUCCGUGACGCCUGCUGCGCCAGCGCCGGUGGCUACCUGCUGCGCAGCCGUUCCGCGCGCCCCUCCUCGGCCGAAGAAGACCGCGAAAGUGGCGCGGCAGUGUGGCUCUGCGUCAGUCGGCACCGCGGCGACCUGGUCGCCGAGAGGUGGCGCAGCCACGGAGAGUUCGCGGACUGCUCGGCCAUCGCCCAGCGACUGGGGGUGGCGGAGCUCGGAGUGGGAGGCUUCCUGGAUGUAGGUGCCAACCUGGGCAGCUGCUCUCUUCUAUUGGCACAGCAGGGCUUCUCAGUGACGUCACUGGAGCCCAAUGAGCACAGCGCCCGGCUGCUGCGUGCGGCGGUGCUGCGCAACAGCCUGGAGCAGCACGUCCGGGUGGUGCAGGCCGCCGCCGGUGCCCACGGUGUCCGGGCCUCCGUGCACUGCAGCGCGCAUAGCGCGAGGUGCCAGGUCUUUGAGGAUGCCGCUGGGGAUGUGCAGAGCGUGGCGUUGGAUUCCCUGACCGAGCUCGGCCCACCUGAGCGAGAUUGGCCUCUGCAUGCACUGAAGAUCGAUGUGGAGGGAUCAGAGGAGCAGGUGAUUCAUGGCGCUCAGCGGCUCUUGGCCUCGAAGCCCUUGCUUUUUCUGGAGCUGCACGCCUAUGAGCUUCGCUUCGAGCGGGGCGGAUCCAGUGGACAGCUGGUGGACAGGCUGCUUGAUGAGUUGGGCUACCAGUCAGUGGAGCCACUGGAGUCUGAUCUCCGCUGCGAGGAAUCUGAGAGCCCGCCUGGCAAUGGCACCUACCCGGGCGCCACGUGGGGCCCGGCCGCGACGAUGCUGGGCCAACCCUUUGAGGUGGCUUCUCCUUGCCUUUGCGCCCAAACGUGCUGGAAGAGGCUGCUUCAAGGAUGCCGCUGCUGGAGCUUCCAGAUGCGACUGAAGGAAUGCCAGUUCUACAGGAGUUGCCAUCCACCCGCGGCCUUAGCGCCGGCAGCAUCGGUGGCAGGGGAGAUGAACGGAAACUGGGAAGAUGUCCACCGUUUCGGAGGUUUUGGUCCGUUCCAGCUCCAGCUCCAGCUCCGUUGGUCUUCUCUGCGGAUGACCAAAAAGGUGCGUGCUCGCAGCCCACGGAUCCCAGUCCGGCCGCAUCACCCUGGGCUUUUGUAG